CAGAAUUUUUUCAUUAAAACAAAAAUUAUGUACUGUUUGGUUAUAUUAAUAAUAAUUUUAGUAUUUAAUGUCAGGAAUCGAUUAAAAAUCUCUAAAGUUUAGCAUCUACCCGUUGUAAACAACGUUAAGGAGAUUAUGAUAAUAUUUAAUUUCAUAUGAUGUGCAUAAACAAAUAAAUUCAUCAUUUCACUUUAUUAAUGCCCUUGAUCUGCUUUCGUAGACUUUUGGCAUAUUUCAGGGGUCAUGUUGACCAUCUUUAUUAAUAGUAUCUAUUUGUGUAACUCGCACAAAUUUAUUUUUCGUGCAAGCGAAAUUGCACUUACUGAAAUGGGCGACAUAAAAUUAUAAUUUUUUGGUAAUUUAAGGAUGCGGAUUUUUCUUUGUCUUUUAUUUAUCUUUAUUGGUCAUUGUGAUUGUCGUACAGCGCCAUUUUACAAUUAACGACUAGAACUACAAAAAUCAAAAUCUUUUCUUCACUCCUCGGUCGAGUGGUCGAGCUUGUCCACUGAUCACAAGUCGAAUGCAACACCGAUCAUUUGCCAUGAGUCACGUACGACUACUUUUUGUCAUCAAAUCGUUGCUAAACAAACCGUCCGAUACCGAUAGGUUUAUCGCUGAAAUACUAGAGGAAUCUGCACUAUGGGAUCACAUUAAAAUAAUAGAAUUUACGUUCAAACUUUCUUUGGAACAACAUAAACUAUAUAGUCUCUUCGUCGAAAUCCAAGUUGUUCAGCUGAUCUGUUAAUCCCACACCUCCAGAAUAUGGGACGGCUGUAUCUGCCACCUUUGUCUUCUAAUUCAUACGCUCCCAGAUGUAGUGCUUUGGAGUUCAAUAGUUUGGUACUUCGAGAGAAUGUGGAUAGCUGGUUCGCCCUCUGUUGCAACAAAAUCUGCACUGCAAUCUGCUAAAUCUAGCGUAUGCAGGUGUCCAUUGAGGUGUCAAUGCCUCGAUAGGACCAAAAUAUGGAUCAGAAAAUCAAUUCCUAAAGUUUUCUUGUUUAGUUUGAUGAAAAUCGGUGUACGAAAUGCAUAAAAAUAUACGAAAGUAUUUUUUUAUUAUUUAAUUAACAAAUAGUUUCAACAGUUUACCUUGAACUCUUAGACGCCGCUUCCUGGACGAUAUUGAAAAUAAUUUUAAAACCAGUUCUUAAAUUUUAUGCAGUAGCACAAUUUAUUUUUAAUAUAAGUCAUUCAUAAAGUGAAACUUGUUUACUUUUGGUAUGUAAACAAAUCAAUAUAUUUUAGUAUUGUUAUACUUAGAACUAACUCACUAUGCAAUAUUCGAUAAUUUUAUUCAAAACGUUUGUUUCCUGAGUCCUAUGAUAUCAGGUAUCCAAUAGGAACGCCAAUAACGGCAUAGUUACCCAAUGACGUUCAUUAAAAAAUUUUUUCACUCCAUUGUUUUGAAAAUAACGGAAGUAGCUUCACUUAAAUGGCUGUAACUUUUUUAUGACUAAUCGAAAUGUCCUUUGACAGUUGGUACUUCAUAAACGUCAUAUGGAUUUGACAAUGUCAGUGCCAUCUGUGUGUCAGUUUUACGAUUUAUCGAAAAUGGAAUAAAAACAGAAGCAGAAACAUUUUUGAUGAAACAGUAUCACUUAAAUGUACCAUAUAAUGAAAUUUUUAUUUGAUUUAUUGAUGAAAUUACCGACUGUAAUUACUUUGAAUUGGAAGUGUGGUGCCUACUAUAGGUUCGUUCCAACCCGUCAAAGAACCGUCCUUGGUACGGUGACGAUUCUGCGCAAUAGAGAUUACGUGUUCCAACCCACUUAGACAUCGUUCGUGAUCGUUUCCGGGACGGUCUUUUCGAUAAUUGGUUGAUGGUAAGUACUGUUAGAGGAACCGUGCAUAGCCGGAUAUUGCGCAGAAAUGUCAUUUAAACGCUUCCGAGAACGGUUCGGGUUGGUACAAACAUACAAAAAACUAUCUCUCUUUCACCUUAUGCUUGUCCUAUUAUUAGAUGUGACUUUGGUCUCAGAAUUCCGAUUACCUCAGAACAUUUAAACACAGUAGUGGCUUUUCCUUUAGAUUGAUAUUAUAGCGAACCUCAUUUAUUUUUCAACAAAUUUUAAGGGCUUAAAAACAGAGCUAACCAAUAAUUAUUCAUGAAGGCGUUUUUACGAGAGAGUUACUUACUUACCAAUGAUAUAAGACACGAUAAAUCCUUUAGCUCGCACAAAAAUAUGUUUUCCAAUGUUUGCCUUCAUCAUUACUUCUUUAUUUAUUUAAAAUCGUAUUCCACCAAGUUAUUACAAGUUGUGGUUGUUAAGUAACGAAACUAGUGCCGUUAAAGAAAAAGUACGCAAACGCCAAAGGUUAGCGACUAUCAGCUGUUUAGCUUGAAGCUUAUUCUUUCGAAUGUGAUGCCUACCGUGGCUGUAUGCAAAUCAGUGUAGCCGUGGCCUACGUUUUGCUAUAAAAAUAGACCUACGGUUUGUUGUGAAAUUUGUGGGCGGCAACGAAUGUUUGUCGCAUCCACGUGUUUGUGAGUGUUUUCAAAAUGGCCGAAUGUAUACGAAUUGACAAAGAAUGUUUGCGAACAUUUUACGUGAAAAUUUUAACACGUAAAAUUGAGUCCAAAACUGGUGUAUCAUUCCGCAGUGUCCGUCAAGACUUUUCUAGCCAAGCACAACAUCCCAGUGUCGAAACACCGGUUAUUACACCGUGCGACUUCUACUUCUUUCUUAAGGUCAAAUCUACAUUGAAAGGAACAAGAUUUGAGUCUGUUGAGGCUGUUAAAAGCGACGCGCUUCCUGAAGUUACUGACUGACACAUUUUCGAACAAUGGAAAAUUCGCAUGUAGCGAUGUAGGAAUAGAGGAGGGGAAUAUAUAUUGAGUAUUUUAUACCACCAGUCUCGUUAUUGAAUAGCCACACCUUGUAUUUUAAGUUUAACAGAAAGUAAACGGUGAGAGCGAGAUCAGGUGAAUAGGGGGGUGAGGCAAUAAAUUGUAAGGCAAUUCGGUUAAUUUUGCUGCAAUAAUAGCGGACGAAUAGGCAAGCGCUUCAUGGUUAUAGAACAAAAUAUUUUUCUUCGACAAAUAUCUCAAUUUCAUAUCAGUAAAUCGGAAUAAUAUUAGCCAGUUAUUUAUUUGUCUUUUCCAAAAUAUUGGACAAUAUUUGCAAUAACAAAACUCUCUAGCUACGACCUUAUGGCUUGAAUAAGUUUGACUAUCUUGGUAGCAUAUUUCUCGAUGAAGUCAAUUAUUUCGACUAUAUUUUUGUUUCUGGGAUAAAAUACCCUUCUCAAGUAUCAUCUACUAGAAAAAUUCAUUGAGAAUACGUUUGAAUAUAUCCAAACAUUCGUUUAAAUUUUUUAUGCAAUCGAGCUUUUGAUCAGCAUCAAGCAAUCGCGGAAACCAGCUUGUAGAGAGCUUUUCUUAUAGGAAUACGGAAUACUUUCAAGAUAAUUAUCAAAUUUUUGAUUUCUUUAAUUGUAAAAAAUGUUGUUCCAUCAACCUCUUCGUAGGAGUAUUAAAACUGAUGUCAUAUAUAUUUCAGGUGAGUCACUCUUUUGUGAAAGCGUCCCCGUGUUGAAUUAUAAUUACGUCCUAUUGUACAUUAAGCCCUUAGAUUAUCAUUAUUUUAGUGGGGAUCGCAUUUAGAUGCGCACUGUAUAAUAUGGUAUGAUUGUUUGAUGUUAAAUUAGUAUUAGCUUUGACGUUGCACCGAAAAAUUGUUGUUGCGUUCCCUAAGAUGACCCAUCGCCGGGCUCGGUGUUUUUAUGUGCCGUGCUUUUUUGGCUGGAUUUCAAAAAUUCUGUAUCUCUCUCUGUCUCUGUUAGAAAUUCUCGCGAUAUGAACCGCUAACUUCGAUGAUUAUUUUAGUGGAGCGUGGUCAGAGGUGAAGGUGAUUUGCUUUUCCGAUAUAUUUUAUAAACUUGUUGUGAUUAUGCAUACCACACGAGUGAGGUUCAGUGAUAUAUUGAAAAAAAUGAAAAAGAAAACUAAAUUGUGUAGUGGGAGUGAUUUUAAUAAUAAAAAGGUACUUCCUAUGUCAGAGGAACUACGAAGAGCCUUUUAUUCAUCAUCAGCAGCACCCUCAUUAGAUAUAGAACUAACCCCACCAGACUUAGUUGGUACAACAGAAAUUCUCACAGACCACCACAGAGAAAAUCUUUGUAGGCAUUUACCUGCCAGAGCAGAAGGUUACUCUUGGACGUUAAUAUUUAGUACCAGUCAACAUGGUUUUAGUUUAAAUUCCAUGUACAGGAAAAUGUUCAAACUCGAGUCGCCCAUAUUAAUGGUUAUAGAAGACACAGACAAUAACGUAUUUGGUGCUCUAACCUCAUGUGCCCUGCAAGUAUCGGAUCAUUUCUAUGGUACAGGUGAAUCCCUAUUAUUCUCCUUCACACCUGAAUUUAAGGUAUUCAAUUGGACUGGAGAAAAUCUAUAUUUUAUCAAAGGAAACAACGAGAGUAUUAGUAUCGGUGCCGGUGAUGGUAAAUUUGGUCUAUGGUUAGAUGGCGACCUCUACAUCGGUAGGUCAGAGUCUUGCAAGACUUAUGGUAAUGAUCCGCUUACACCCAAAGUUGAUUUCAUGGUGAAGACGCUGGAAUGUUGGGCAUUUAUUUCGAGUUAAUUUGUGAUUGAAGUAGGAGGAUGUAGAAACUCGCGUUAAACAGUGGUGCAUAUCAGGGAUGGAGCAAAAAAACAUAUUAUUUUUACAAACUAAUAAAAAAAAGAUUUACAUUUAGCCGGAGCUUUAGUCAUAGUACCAAUGAAACACAACUGCACAACUAUAUUUGUUGGAAACAUCUAAAAGAAAAAAAAUAUUGUAGAAAAAAAUGAAGAUAUAUUUAUUGUAGAGAGGUAAUGGCUGCCGUACACUUAUUAUGGCUCGUUAAAAUUAGUUUUUUAUGAAUAAAUAAUGUUAUUAUUGAAUAAAUUGUUAACGGUAUAUUAUACAGUGUACGCUUAAAUAGUUCGUCAGAUACCAAUAAUGGCAAAAUUACCGGAAAAUCAUUUCCAAAUAUUUAUAUUGGUCUCUUUAUAAUCCAAAUACUUAUUUAGAAACUUAGUAAAUACGUUUAAGGAAAUUAUAAAAAUAUAUAACUAUAAUUAUUAACAUUAAUGUAUAUAUUCAAAAAAUUUAUGUGGAUAUCUGGCAAGAAGCUCCUCAAAUAUAUUGUUUAAUACAUUUAAGGGGUAUCUGUAUGUCAUUUUUAUAACUAAAUAGGGAAUUAUCGGAACAAAACCGAAUUUACUUACCUUUUAAUGAAAAAGACUUUAAAAAAUAGAGUUGCGAUCAAAUUCUUACUAACUGUAACGAGGUCAAUGAAAUAACAAACAAAAAACAUUAUUAUUACUUUUAUUGCCUAUAAGCUCACAAAAAUUUUUUUCGAGAAAUACUGAACUAAUGUUUUUUGAAUGAAAUUUUUCUCAAGUAAAAUUUUUUCGUAGCAUUAACACCGUUUUCCAUGAAUUCCAGUAGAUAUAAAACAACAACAUCGCUGUCCGAACUUUCCAACAUACCUAGACCAGAAUAUAUUUUCGAAACAGCCUCUUCGAUUGCAUUUUCUUUCUUCUAACGAUUCUUAUAUUAUGUAUAUAAAAUUUUUCUAAUCCCACUCCACAUAGAUUUAAAGUAUAUAAAUAAGUACAGGAUCCGUAGCAGUCAAGGUUCUUGUACUAUAUUAUUCGUAUGUAUGAAAUUUAUUCGCCCCAUCAGUUUGACACUAUUUUUGACAGAUUUUCAUUCAAAUUUCCACAUUCAUUGGAAGAAAGUGAAGUAAAACUAUUCAAAACAACUCAUAUUAGUAGUAAAAAUGAAAAUAUUUAGGCACACGAUAAGGUAACAGUAGCCACAACGUCAAGACCCAACUUUUCAUAUGUUUUUUGGGUUCACUGAACCAAUGUUGCCAUAUUAUAACUAAAAUUAACGAGAAAAUGUAACACAAAUACGCUUCCUUAUAGAAACUAAUUAUUAUUCAUUUAUAAUUGAGUCUAAUACUAAAAACUAAGAUUUGUUAUGUAUAAGAGGAUAUUGAAUUCAAUAAAAACGUAAAUUUUUCUUUGAACGUAACAACGUGGCAACACUUAAAUAUAAUUAAGAACGCGCGCUAACGCUGCUAAAAGUUUUCGUGACUUGUACAGUCUUUUGCAAGAGAUUUAUCCCAAAUUCGAUUUUGACCUUUACACAUUCUAUUAUUGAAACAAAAUUACUAAAAUAUUAAUUUUUUUAAAUAUUCAUAUCAGAUUUAUACAAAUUUAAAACACAUACGUUUAAUAGAUCAAUACGGAGUAAAUGAUUUAUGAAAGGACAAAUUUUUUUAUGCUAAUUUACCAAAUUUGUUAUAAUGCUAAAUCUCGACUGCAGUACUUCCAAAAGUUCAGACCCUUCCAUCAUAACAUCGAUAUCUUAUUUGCAUUUAAAUAUAAAUUUACUUCUUUAGACGUAUUAGAAUUACAAAGCUUGCCAGAUUUUUUACAUUUGCACUUAUCAUCAUAUUCACCACUCAAUUUGGAAAAUAUCCCAACUUGUAAUGUUAAAUGUGAUCAAUAUCACGACUAUUUAAAUCAGAUUAUUUAAUAAGUCUUCAAAUUUACAGUUAUUCAUUACUUAAUAUCUGUAAAAGUUAUACAGAUCUUAAACAGCAUCAUAAAAUAUAAUUGAAGUAAAUUGCAUACCAGAAGCUACGCCUUUUAUAAGUAUAACACCAUCUUCAACACUGAUGGAUGAUCAGAUUUAAAUGAACGAACCCUUAUGACUGCCCUGCCUUAUUGGGCCAGUAGAAUACAGUUUUACAGGUUUUUUUUUGAGUAGUUACUACCUAAUCUAACCCAACCGAACCUUUUUUUGCCCUAUAAGAUAGGAUGGAAGUUAAUACCUUCCUCGAAGCGGGUAGUGCGAUUCUGUAAGUUCGUGUGGGACUUUAACCGCACUAAACCACCCUCCUCUAGCACACCAUGGGAGUUCAGUACUCUGGGAAGAUAUGUAUAUGUCAUAACGUCGACGUACAUCCCAAACCCAACCGAACCUAACCCAACGGAACCAUUAUUUGUUUUCUUAGUAUCCAUAAUAUUAAGUAAUUUGAAAUUAAAACGCUGAGGCGUACCAACCAUUAUUCACGUGGUUAGGUAAGGGACUUUUAUCACCCCUUUACGAGUUGUAACCAGUAAAUUUGAUAAAUAUGAAAUAAUUUGUCAUAUUUACCAAAUUCAGUGGUGAUUUUAUAUAAGCAUCGAAUUUAUUACUUAACAUAAUAUAUAAGUUGAAGAUUUUGACUAAAUAACUAGAAAACAUGCUGUCAAAAUCAAAAUAAUCUCAAACAAAUAUUAUUGUUCGGGUAAUUUUGCCUUCAAAACUCAAAGUAUUUUUUAAACAGAGAUUACUUAUGCAGAUCAAUGUAGCUUUGAUUUUUUUUUACUUUUUACUUUCCAAAUGUGGAAUUUUAGUUUACCUAGUCAUUUUUUUUUGUUAAUCUGGUAACCAGAUGGUUGAAAGUAUGUGUGGUGUAUUAUUGAAAUGUGUAUGUUUACUGUUAACGUAAGUACAAUCCCUGCAACUCGGCGUUCCGAAAGAGUUUCUACAAUAAUGUUCAAUUUCAUCAUUUCCAAGGCAAUCAACUCCGAUUUUUGUAUGUGAUAACAACAGUAUUAUGAUAUAUGUUCAAUUUUGACUAAUAUUCAGGGCAGUCACAUGAAAAUAUAAGAAUAUCACAUAAUUUCAAGUCGCUUGGAAUAAUCUUGGAUCAAAUUGCUUAUUUAAAAAGCCGAGAUGCAUGGAAAAAACUUGGGUUUGUCGCUUAGCUUACAACGAAUGACUGUUAGUAGUUUAGUUAGGGGAACCACUUGAAGAAGUCAAUUUGUGGUUUUUUAAGUGUUUUUUUUAAAUAAGUUUUAAUUUAAAGUGUUAUAUACAUAUAAUAAAAUUUAAUGAACCAAUAAAGUUUUCAGUAGUA